AUGGAUACAAAUACGACGGUGAAUCCCGUUAACCUGGCCGGAGAUACGGAAUCCGUAGCUACAUUGUAUGAAAUUUACAGUAGCUGUGAGCGUCGUAUAGGAGAGAAUGAUGAGUUCCCAGAAGGAAGUGCAGAACGCAAGCAAUUCGCUGUGAGUGUAUUUGGAAACAAUACUAAUCUUUUUAUCAAGCCGGCUCCAGGUGGAUAUACUGCAUUUCACUUGGCGGUAAAUAGUGAUAGCACUGAAAUGCUUGAGGCCCUCAUCGAGGCAGCCAGAUGGUUGCCUUCUUCUUCUUCUUCAACUAAUGAUGAUCCCCAAACGACUAGUCUUGAAACUUUACUGAGGCAUGAGUAUAGCGAAAGUAGUGAUAUAGUUGAGUCAAUCAUUGAAGCAGGCAGAAGACGUUAUUAUUCAACCGAUCCAACAAAUCACCUCUUUGAAGAUUUCAUUCAACAGGCUGAGAGUGAGAGAAUGAACACUGCCUUGCACUUGGCAGUUAUGGGAAACCACCUGGGCGUUGUUAAACAGAUUUUGAUGGCAAAUCCGUCGUAUAUAUGUGAGGAUAUUAAUAGGGAGCUCAAGACUCCACUCUAUAUUGCAGCCGAACAGGGAUACAAGGAUAUAGUCCGAGAACUGUGCAAACAUGCUACCUUAGCACUGACUUGUAUAGCGGGUCCUCGAAAACAAACAGUUCUGCAUGCUGCUAUUUUUGGGCGCGAUAAAGGUUGUGUGGAAAUGGCUUUGGACAUUCCAUUGCUUACAUAUCAUCGUGAUGAAGAUGGUUGGACCGCACUUCACCAUGCUGCCCAUUUCAACUUUGAUUCAGUGAUAGACAUAUUAGGACAAAGAUUCCAAGGAAGUGGUCUGUACAACUCGGAUCUUUCUUCAGUACUUCUCUGUCGAGAGGGGGUACCAACGCCACUUUGGAUGGCAAUAGAACAAGGACAUACUUCUACAACAGUAGAAAUCAUCAAAGUACUACCGAGUUUAUGUGUGGACUUGGAUCCUAAAAGCAGACGGAAUAUACUGCACUUAGCAGCCGAAAAGAAUGACAAGCAAACGGUACAAGCUAUCUUGAAAACUUGUCCUCCAGAAUAUCUUCGCAAGAUCUUGAAUGGCAGAGACAUAAACAAGAACACACCUCUGCAUUUGCUCAUCGCCAAAGGUUGCUUCGUUAAACAACUCAUAGAGCAUGAACAAAUUGAUAAAACCGCGAGGAACUAUCAAAACUGGACUCCUUUCGACAUGUUAUAUGUCCAAGAUCACAUUGUAGCUGAUCAGUUAGCUAUCAAAACACUCCUUGAUGAAGCGAAUCAGAAUUCAAGCUUUUGGAUUUGGAGAAGGUCGAGUUCCAAUAUGGAUACGAAGGAAAGUUUUGUCCCUCCAAAAAAAAGAUCAGAAAAAGAUGUUAAAUUUAAGAUAGCCUAUGAAACUUUGAUGAAAGCGAAAGUUCUGCGAUACAGGGAAAGGACCAACACUCAGAUCAUAGUUACCGCUCUUAUAACUACGGUCACUUUCACUGUAGGUUUUACUAUGCCGGGUGGAUAUUACCAAAGCGGUGAGUUGAAUCAAGGAUCAGUUCUUCUUGCAAAUAAAACGGCUUUCAAGGCUUUUAUAGUAUCAGAUGCAAUAGCUUUAGCACUAUCAACCACUUCUCUUUUCCUCUACUUCAUUUCAAGUAUGUAUGAAGAUCCCCGCCAAGUAUCAAAGCUCAAUGCUGUAUCAACAGGACUCAAUAUUUUUUCUAUUGUCGCAAUGAUGCUGACGUUUAUCUGCGGAAUCUAUGCUGUGCUAUCUCACUCCCCGGCCCUUGCUCUUGCCAUUUGCCUAAUUUGUUCCACUUUCUUUGUCUGCAUAGUUGUUCUGUUGCUCAAGUUGGGAUAUGAUCGCAAGAAAUUGAAAGACAGUCUCGCUUGA